CAUUCAGUGCCAAAAUGUCGUUCAAAUUCAGUGAACUUAUCGUUUUGGUGGUUUUGUUUUUCAGUGGAGUAUCGCCACAGGAGUUAAAAAAUAAAAUUUGUAUUGAGAACUACAACGUUGAUGCCUGCAACAAUAUAAAAAGAAAUCAAAUUUAUGGAUGUACGGAGCAUAUAGUUUCUAAAACUGACUGUUUCUUGAAUAUAGACAGAGGACUUUCACAAAUAGCUCUCGUAUAUCCAGAACAAGCUCUUUUGGCUGCACCUUUAGUUUCUGACAGAGUUGUUGUUAUUGGAACGGUAAAAGCAAAAAAUCCACCAUACCAAACGGUAGUGAUUGUUCGCAAGCCGUUUAGGGGAGGUUUCGAAAAUCUGCGAGGCAAACGCUUCUGUCACCCUGGCUACAAACACGACGAACUGGUCACAAAGUACGUGCUGGAAGAGUUCGAAUCCAAAAUACUGAGUGUGAACGGCAAUUUCUGCGAUGCUGCUGGCAACAUCACCCUAGUUGAAAAAAGGAUAAGGUCUCUGGCGAACUUUUUGGGCAAUAGCUGCAAACCAGGCAUUUGGACUGAAGAUGAAGUCUUGGAUAGGAAAUUGAAAUCCAAAUACUCCAGUCUAUGUGAACUCUGUGGUUCAAGAAAAUGUGAUACGGAAUACCAAGUUCCUUUCAAAGAUACUCUGAACUGUCUUCAGGAUAAACCAGGAGAAAUAGCACUAACUACUCUUAAAGAUGCUCGAAUUUUCUUCAAUAAUUCCAAUAAUAUAAGAGACUUUCAAUAUCUUUGUCGUAAUGGAACUGUUAGCGAUGGAGAUGCCCAGAAUCCUUGCACUUGGACUCAACAACUUGAUCGAGUGAUAAUAACCGGAAAGGAGUAUGAAGGAACCGCUCGGAGUUUUCUAACAAAUCAUUUGGCAUCUCAAAGUGUUGGAGACCUGCAAUUACAGAGUAUAGAACUAGGGGACUCUCUGAGGAAAGUUUUGGAGAUAGAACGAAGCGAUGAGAUAAUUCUUCACGGUACUACGUCAUCGUUGAAAACAUAUGUAGAAAGUCGCAGAUCUAUACCCGACGUUACCGAUAACAUCCAAUGCAACACAACAGUAAAAUGGUGCACUAUGAACGAAAACGAACAACAAAAAUGUCGCUGGUUGCGACAAGCAACCCUUAACGCAGGACUCCAACCUGUCAUAGAGUGCGUGCAAACCUCUGAAAAUAACACCAUCUCUUGCCUGAGUACCAUCCAGUCUGAGGAAGCAGACAUAGUUUUUACUGAUGUCAACUAUGGAUACAUAGCUUUGCAGAAAGGACUCUCAGUAGUAGCUUAUCCUGAAACUGACAAUAGACAGCUUUCGGCAAUAGUGAUUGUACUACGAAAUGAUACUACUGACGUUAAAAGUUUCAAAGACCUAAGAGGGAAAUCUGCUUGUUUGCCAGAAUAUGGUGGAAAAGAGUGGCUUGUAUUCAUCGAUUUCAUGAGGAGUAAAGGAAUUAUGCCGAGAGGUUUCAAUUAUGAAAAAUUAUUCAGCGAUUUUGUUGGUGACAGUUGCGUUCCUGGUGCCAUAUCUGAAGACUACAAAAUCGAGGAAAACAUUCGUAAUAAAUUGUGCGCUCAUUGCAUUCCAGAAUCUAAUAGGCUAACCGCCAAGUAUUGUAAUGCUGAUCAAGAUAACAAGUACUAUACAAGUGAUGGAGCUCUGCGUUGUCUCCUGGAGACAAAUGCAACAUAUGCUAUAAUAACUGUAAAUGAUGUGACCGAAUUCUAUGACACCUCCAUGUUCCGAGUGCUCAGCAAAAAUGGAACCCUUUCGAAACUCCCAGGAAUCUAUAAUCUUGACGAAGAGGCACCGCUCAAUAUUAUCACUGCUGGAGAAGUUGUAGCGAAAAAUGAUACCAGGAAAAAAGCUGAUAUUGUAUUGCUUCUGAGAGAUAUUGAAGUAAAAUUCGGAGAAAGUUUGAGGAAAACAUUCAAAGUAUUUGAGGAAUUCAACAAAACCAAAGAUUUAAUUUUUCCUGACUCUACCCCAGGAUUGACAUUUGAUGGAUCUGAAAUCAAGUAUGUGGAGAACUUCAAGAAUUUACUCAGAAAUAGCGAGAGACAUUUGAUCGACCCUAAUUCACAUGCUUCAUACCCUGUAAUACCAUCCACUAUUUUAAUGUUGAUUGGAUUCUUCAUCUUGAGGUUUUAGUAUCAAGGGUUGAAUUAUUUUGUUUUUUCUGUAAUGCUUCGAGUUCUAUUUUUAGGUAUCACUCAUAUGUUUCAUUUUGUUUAUUGAUAAUUAUUUAUUAUUUCUUGAACAGUUAAUUGGAUGAAGAAUAAAUAUACUUGUCAU